GUUUUGCCAUGCUGUGCGUUCUCGGUUUCAUCGACCUGAUGCUGAGGCUGAGCUGAUUGUUAUGUCAUUGUUACGAGUCUUUGAUUGUUUGAAAACAUUUGCAGUUUUUGCCUCUGAAGCUCUAAAGAAGAAUGGCGUCGUCUCUAGCGACAACCUCGGCGGCUGCAACGACCAGCACAAAUUUGGCUCAUUAUAAAACCAAUAACAAUACUUACAAGCACAAUUGUUUAUCUAAUGUCUCCUUUGGUCUCUCUCCCAAGCCUAAGCUCCGAUUCUUCUCCAAGGGUUGGCAGCCUAGUCGGAACUGUUCCACUGUGGUGAAAGGUCAAUUGGAUGAGGUAAGGUUCUUUAAAUGGUUUUCGUUAGAGGAUCACUUUUCAAAUUUUCUUUCCUUCCUGGACAUGCUCCUUGGAUCAUCUGUUGCCUUCAAGGUGGAUGGAUCAUCCAAUGUUGCAGCUACGCCCCCAAGAGAAUUGGAGCUUCCAGGCCAGGAGUCCAAGGAUCGAAAGACAUCGAAUGAGUCUUGUCCUGCAGUUUUGGAUACAGAGGAAUCAAUAUCUGAAUUCAUAGCUCAAGUUGCAAGUCUUGUAAAGCUUGUUGACUCAAGAGACAUUGUUGAGCUGCAGCUGAAACAGCUUGACUUUGAAGUCAUAAUUCGUAAAAAGGAAGCCUUGCCUCAACCUCUGGUACCUGCUCCAGUGCCUAUGAUGCAAGCAGCCCCUCCUCCAGUUGCUCCAGCGGCUCCUGCCUCUUCGUCGGCCCCAUCAUCUCCUCCAGCAACUUUCCCUGCACCAUCUUCACCUAAUGCUAAGUCAGCCAAAACAUCACUGCCCCCUCUUAAAUGUCCUAUGGCAGGGACAUUCUAUCGAAGCCCGGCACCUGGUGAACCACCACUUGUGAAGGUUGGGGACAAAAUACAGAAGGGACAAGUCUUGUGUAUCAUUGAGGCCAUGAAAUUGAUGAACGAGAUAGAAGCUGAUCAAUCUGGAACCGUAGUUGAGAUCCUCGUGGAGGAUGGGAAACCUGUUAGUGUCGACACGCCACUGUUUGCCAUCCAACCCUAGAGCAUAAUGGUUGAGCAUGUAAGUACGCGAAGGUCUGAGAGAAGGUCAAGAGACGGGUGCAUUACUUUGAAAUAUUGUGUUGUGGCACUGUUUUGAUACGGUAGAACGUUUUUGUUGGCUUUAAAAGUAGGUAAAGUUUCGAUUGUCUAUUCUACGAAUAUCUCUUACCAUAGCUGAUAAUGUUCUCUACACUGGGCUAUUUGUCCUGUUUUUGUUCUCUUUUUCU